AUGCUAGUCGCUCAACUCCUCGCCCUCGCCGCCGCCACCUCGGGCGCGGCGGCCAGGGACCUCUCCGUGUCCUUCUUCAGGGGCAACGCAACCGUCCCGGUUUCCAAUGGACCUCGGCGCCUGGACACGCUGGACAAGCGCGGCUACAGUGACGAAGAAAUCACGGCCUUCGGCAAGUGGGCGGAAGAGACCUUCGACCGGCCCUGGGAUGGCAACCUUUUCAUCGGCGCGGAUUACAUGCACGCCGAGCUCGACUGUCGCGCCAACACCCAGACCGGCUGGUACAAGGACAUUCAGUAUGUGCGCUACCACUUCUUCUGCGGUGGAUGGUUCUGGUCCGAGCGGGACUCUCUUACCGCGGCGGCGGGUAACGUCGAGAUCACCGACCAUGGAGCCUUUUUCUCUCGCGGUCAUGCCUGA